UUGUGUUCUUCUACCUACAGAGGCCUGCAGACAGACGUCAUCCCCUGAAAAUAUCCUAAACAAGGUGCAGGCCAACGAGGAAGAGGAGAGGCUGAAUAGAGAACUGGAGCUAACUACCAAGGAGAGAAAUGAGCUGACAGAUCGCCUCCUUUAUGUGACAGGUGGAUCCAUGAGCAAGAGGUAUGCAUUGCUCCAAACAAACGACCUUGUUCUAAACCUCAUCUCCCAUAGAGAGGAGAUUCAGAAUCUGACCCUUACUGAGGAGUGAGUUUGGAAAUGGACUCUCUGAUUCCGCCUGUUGAAAAUCUGAACUUGUGAUGUGAGUGAAUCAUUCAGGGAUAAAGUCACUGGAGCAUGAGUUCCCAGUGUACAAUUGGAAAGCCCUUGACAGGUGGCAGUUUGCAAGGUUCUAGGUGCUGUGAGUUUGUGGACAGUGUUUGUACUUGCUAGGAAGGUGACUGAACGCUAUCAUCUCCUGGCAGCACCCUUAGGUGACAGGUAACACAUUGUUCAUCUCCAUGCUUAACUAGAAGGCCUGAGGCUCAGGCCUGUUCCUUCUUGUCUGUGUGCCUUAAACACUGAGACAGUAAUGGUGCAUACAUUUCUACUGAUUCCAGUUGUGCUCUUUCCAUAUUUGUCUCUCUUUCUCAUUCUCUGAGUCUGUUUACUUUUCUUUUUUUGUGGGUGUGUCCCAGUUUGUGUGUCUGUGUGUGCACAGGUCUGCAUGCGUAUGAACAACUUUUAUAUGUUUCUAUGUCCCUGCACACUUGGAAUUUAGGGGUCUGUUUUUUGACCUCAGGAUUUACCUGUAUAAUAGUUUCAUGGAGGUGUAAGUGCUUUAUUUUGGAAGCCCCACUUUCAACAGUACAGUUCUUUGCCUGUGUGGUCACAUUUGUCUAUACAUUUGUAUGCCUUGGGCAGAUUAUAAGUUUGUGGCAAUAUCUGGUCUCAUCUCCAGAAUUACGUGUACUGUCUGCCUCUAGAAUAUUAGUUAUUCGGCUUGUAGCAUUCCACUUGUCAAAACAGGAAAAAGGAAAUAAGAGGUUUCUGGGUAUGUGUGUGUGUGUGUGUGUGUGUGUGUGUGUGUGUGUGUGUGUGUGUGUGUUAGCGUAAGAGCUGUGGCCUAGGCUCUUGACAGCAUAACAGGUUUGAAUGCAGAUCCAGCCCUCCUGAUUGAAAAAAGUGAGCCAGGGAACCCUUUAUCUGGGUGCUUAGCUUCUGUUGUCCUGGGCACACAAUUCCAAGUUUCUGAAGCUGAAGAAGAUCCAAAUAUGUAGAAGUCAGAAAGUGUCCUUCCAGGGCUGGGGUAGUACAGGGCACAGCCUGAGUUCAUAUAAUCCUAAACCUCUAUGUUCAUUGGGUUCUAUCUUCCUGGGGCCAGCCCCUACUUCAGGCCAAAUCCAUUUUAUGAAAACUUGAAGAUAAAGGAGAAAGAGGUCAUGUCAUUACUGCACAACUUAGACACCAAGAACAUUGAACAUCGUGAGAAAUUUCAGGAGCUCAAGAAGGAGAUUAACUUCUAUCGCAACCUGCAGAGCCGGCUCCUGAUGGACCAGGCAUGUAUGAAGAAGAAGUUGGUCACAUUGAAGCAGGAGAGCAAGGAGGUACAGCGAUAUUUGUUUGAGUUGAACCGGAAAGAUGAAGACGAACAGGAGAAGACCAGCAACCUCCAGACCCAGUAAAA